AUGAGGCCUUCGCUUGUGAGACUUGUGCGGCCACGCCGGCCUGAGAGAAAAGCUGAGCCGCUUUUACCGCCCCUCCGGCUCUACCGCUCCAUUUUGAGAGCGCACCGCUCCAAACUACCAGCGGAACUCCGGUUUUUGGGCGAUGAAUACGUCAAGGCAGAAUUCAAGGCGCACAAAUCAACGGACAACCCGCUUCACAUAGUUGGUUUUUUAACACAGUGGCAAGACUACUUGCGGAGUCUUGACGGCGGCAACUGGAAGGAAGGAAAGUUACAACAGCUGGAUUUGGACAAGAUGUCUCCGGAGCAAAUUGGCCAGCUCUACGAGUUGAUGCUCGAAACCAAGCGUUUGGGCGAGCAGUAG